CUUUUAUUUUUUUAAGACACUACACGUGCAUUUUGAUUCGCUGAUCGUAGUGCUCACUUCUCUCAACUCUCCCUACUCUCACAGCCACUGUGAAAACCCUAAUUACUCUCUCACUCCUCAAUCCUCACAAACCCAAUGUCUCAAUGUGCUACUUACUACCCCUCCAUCAGAUUCACAGAACUCAACAACUGUCGAAAGAACUUGCGCUCCUUUGGUUCUUCUCGGAGGGAGUAUAGGGUAUUCACCAUUUCGUCAACUGCAAAUGAGAUGUCAAAUCACAUACCAGCAGCUCCAAUUUUUCUGCCCGAAGGGCCAUGGAAGCAGAUUCCUGGGGGAGUUACUGCUGCAAAAGGAUUCAAAGCUGCAGGGAUGUAUGGUGGAUUGCGUGCCAAAGGGGAGAAGCCUGAUCUUGCGCUCAUCACUUGUGAUGUGGAUGCCAUAUCUGCAGGGGCAUUUACUACAAAUGUGGUUGCAGCUGCACCAGUAUUAUACUGCAAAAACGCAUUAAACAUUUCAACAACGGCACGUGCAAUAUUAAUAAAUGCUGGUCAAGCAAAUGCAGCAACGGGGGAUGCUGGUUACCAAGAUGUAAUAGAAUGUUCAAACGCCCUUGCUGGGCUACUCCAGCUGAAGCCAGAGGAAGUGUUGAUUGAAUCCACCGGUGUAAUAGGUCAAAGAAUAAAGAAGGAGGCCCUUCUCAAUUCACUUCCAAAACUAGUUAAUUUGCUGUCAUCAACUACUGAGGGGGCAGAUUCUGCCGCUGUGGCUAUUACAACCACUGACCUUGUGAGCAAGAGUGUGGCAGUUGAGUCUAAGGUUGGAGGAACCCAUAUUAGAGUCGGUGGAAUGGCAAAAGGUUCUGGGAUGAUCCAUCCUAAUAUGGCUACGUUGCUUGGCGUUAUAACAACUGAUGCCGUGGUUAGCAGUGAUGUUUGGAGGAAGAUGGUGUAUAUUGCUGUUAACCGAAGUUUUAACCAAAUUACUGUGGACGGAGAUACAAGUACCAAUGAUACUGUGGUUGCUUUAGCUAGUGGGCUCUCUGGAUCGAAUAUAAUUACUUCUUUGAACAGUCGUGAGGCAAAUCAAUUGCAACUGUGCCUUGAUGCAGUAAUGCAGGGUCUUGCAAAAUCAAUUGCUUGGGAUGGAGAAGGAGCAACAUGUUUGAUUGAGGUCAACGUAAAUGGUGCAGGCAGUGAAGCUGAAGCUGCAAAGAUUGCACGUUCAGUGGCAUCUUCUUCACUUACCAAGGCUGCUAUAUAUGGCAGGGAUCCAAAUUGGGGACGCAUUGCUUGUGCUGCUGGCUAUGCAGGGAUUCUUUUUGACCCAACCAAGCUCCGAAUAUCACUUGGUGAUAUUCUGCUUAUGAAUGCUGGGCAACCUCUUCCAUUUGACAGGGCUGCAGCUAGUAACUACCUUAGAAAGGCUGGUGAGACCCAUGGUACAGUCAAAAUUCAAAUCUCUAUUGGUGAUGGGCCAGGAAGUGGGCUAGCAUGGGGCUGUGAUUUAAGUUAUGAUUAUGUAAAAAUAAAUGCUGAGUACACAACUUAGAAGAUUUCUAUUAUGUGUUCUGGCUUUCAUUUCAUGACUUAGAAGAUUUCUAUCACGUGUUCUGGCUUUCCUUGACUUAGAAGAUUUCUAUCACGUGUUCUGGCUUUCCUUUCAUGUUAUGAUAACAACAGGACGCUUCUGGUACUGCAAAUUGUAAAAGCGAGGUUUCUCGACUUCAAAGCUAUUAGCUAAUGAUUGUCUCUCUUCUAAUAAAAAAUGCUUUUAGAUUAAUUAA